AUGAUGGAAGCUUGCUCUGGGCUCUCCAAGGCUGGUGCUCAGGAGGCGCCCAUCAAGAAGAAGUGCCCCCCGGUGAAGGAGGAAGAUCUGAAGGGGGCCCGUGGGAACCUAGCCAAGAACCAGGAGAUCAAGUCCAAGACCUACCAGGUCAUGCGGGAGUGUGAACGAGCUGGCUCCACCGCCCCAUCUGUGUUCAGCAGCAACCGGACCGGCACUGAGACCGUCUUCGAGAAGCCCAAAGCCAGACCUGCCAAGAGCAUCUUUGGCUAAGACGUGCGCCCCAUUCCCCUUGCCGCUGCCAACUCCCAGACGCAGGAGCCUUUCCCAAAAACUCUUUU